UUAAUAUGAUGACUCUCGUUACUCUCAUGAAAGCAGUCUUUUAUGAAGCUUUGAAAAGCAGUUAGGAGGGAUAAAUAAAAAGCCCAUUCCUCCCUCUUUCUUAGUCGUGUCUCUUUGAAGGCUGCUUUUCUGACAGUAGGAGGUUAGCUCUGGGUCUCCAAUUGCUUUAAGCUAACAUUCAAGCCCAAACUGGAUGAAAAGAUGAAGAGUGGAAAUUGAUCUCAGAGAACUUAAUAGGUCAGGAGAACAUGCCUUUCAGAUAAAUCCUUGCAGCCUUUUUUUUUAGAAACCUGGCAGCAAAAGCUGAGGUGUGCCUCUGAAGGAAUAAUGGGCCGAACUCUGAAGAUAUUUUCUCUCCUUAAUAUACUCUGCACCUUACAUAGCACAGUAAGAGCAAACAAUUCAUCCGUAGAUGCAGCUAGGAGCCUCUUGCCAAUUUUAGACAGCCCUUCUACACAUGAGAAUGAGUUGGACAUCCACAAUCAAAACACAGAGUCCAUUCGCUUCUCAGAGGACAUUGAAAAAUUCUUAACUAGUCCAUGGGUAACUCGGUUUGUUCCUUCAGUCCACGUUAUUGUUGUUAUGUUCAGUCUUCCUUUAAACAUUAUGGCAAUCCUCGUGUUUGUGGUCAAAAUAAGGCUUAAGAAGCCAGCUACAGUCUACAUGCUCAACCUGGCUUUUGCUGACGUCCUCUUCGUGUGUGUGCUUCCUUUUAAGAUCAUCUACCACUUUUCUGGAAACAACUGGACAUUUGGACCGGAAAUGUGUCGUUUCGCCACAUCUGCCUUUCACUGCAACAUGUACUGCUCCAUCCUGCUGAUGGUGGUGAUAAGCAUUGACCGUUUCCUGGCCGUGGUGUACCCAAUGCAGUCUCUGUCAUGGCGCACACCAAGACAGGCCACUUUGACCUGCUUUGCCAUCUGGAUUAUAGCCAUAGCUGGAGUGAUUCCUCUGCUUCUCAAGGAGCAAACAGAAAGAUUCCCUCGCUUAAACAUUACCACCUGUCUUGACUCACUAGCUCUCUCUACAAUGAAUACAUUAUAUCGUUACUUUUCUGUAGUGUCUAUUUUGUUCUUUUAUAUACCAUUACUAAUUUCUGGUACCUGUUAUGUGUGCAUUAUAAAGAGACUUUCUUCAGCUGAUGUUGCUACAAAGCCAGGUAAAAAGAAGCGGGCCAUUAUCCUCUCUGUAGCUGUCUUGUCCUCUUUUAUUAUUUGUUUUGGUCCAACAAAUGUCGUGUUUAUGCUGCAAGUCUUCAGCCUUUUGCCUGAACAGCAGGUUGCAAAUCUCUUGUUUGCAUGCAUGCUUGCCACUUGUAUCACAACCAUAAGCUGUUGCAUUGACCCCUUGAUUUAUUAUUAUGCCUCUUCAGAGUGUAAAAGGCAGGUCUGGCGUCUCCUGUGCUAUAGAAAACAUUCUGAUCUGGAAAGGAGCAUUCAGUUUACAAGCAGUAAUAUAGAAACCUCAUGA